AUGGUGAUACCCAGAUAUCAUCUAAUCCCAACCAAUUGCAUACUUCUGUACCAUAUUAAGAUGUCAUAUCUUACGGAUAUACUAAAACUAUUUUCAUUAGAGACAUUAGAUACAAGAUUAUAUCCAAGUUCAAAUACAGCUAAGAAACAAUCAAUAAUCAAACAAGCAAAUCCAAAAUCAAGAUGGUCAACAAUAGAAUUCAAAUUUUAUUAUCUUGUAUUUUUAAUAAUUGUACCAUUAAUGUUUAAAGCAGGUAUGGAAUCAGCAAAUGAAAAUAAUCCAAAUUAUCCUAAAUAUGAACAUUUAUUAAGUAAUGGAUGGAUAUUUGGUAGAAAAGUUGAUAAUUCUGAUCAACAAUAUCGAUUUUUCAGAAACAAUUUCCCUUUAUUAUGUCUCUUAAUUAUUAUUCAUGUUGGACUAAGAAGAGUUAUCAAUAGGAUAAUACCAUUAAGUAGUAAGAGAACUUAUUUUGAUUUUAUAUUUGGAAUAAUUUUCUUAAUUGGGGCUCAUGGGGUUAAUGUUUUAAAAUUAUCAAUUCAUUUAUUGAUAAAUUAUUUAAUUGGGAAAUAUAUUAAAAAUUAUAAACUUUCAUUAUGGAUAACUUGGAUAUAUGGAAUUUCUUCAUUAUUUUUCAAUGAAUGGUAUGGAAAUUAUACUUUAGGAUUAAGUUUUUUAUCAACAGGAUAUACUGGUAUAAUUCCAAGAUGGGAUGUUUUUUAUAAUUUUACUUUACUUCGUAUGAUUUCAUUUAAUUUUGAUUAUCUUGAAAGACAACAAAAAUUGAAUAAUAUGACAUUACCAAAAGAAGAAUCGAACGGUUCAUUAUUAAAUUUAGAUGAUCGUGAAAGAUUAACGGCACCAUUACCAAUUGAAGAUUACAAUAUUUUCAAUUAUAUAUCAUAUCUUACAUAUACUCCAUUAUUUAUUGCUGGGCCAAUAUUAACUUUUAAUGAUUAUAUUUAUCAGUCAAAUUAUCAACAAUCAUCAUCAACAAAAGACUAUCAUCGAAUAAUGAUGUAUUUAAUUCGAUUUAUAUUUUGUUUAUUAACAUUAGAAUUCAUUCUUCAUUUCAUGUAUGUUGUUGCAGCUUCAAAAACAAAAUCAUGGGAAGGCAAUUCGCCAUUUCAAAUAUCAAUGUUGGGAAUGUUUAAUUUAAAUAUAAUUUGGUUAAAAUUAUUAAUUCCUUGGAGAUUAUUUAGAUUAUGGUCUUUAUUAGAUGGUAUUGAUCCACCAGAAAAUAUGAUUCGUUGUAUGGAUAAUAAUUUCUCAGCUUUAGCAUUUUGGAGAGCAUGGCAUAGAUCUUAUAAUCGUUGGAUAAUUAGAUAUAUCUAUCUUCCAAUGGGUGGUGGAGGAAAAUAUAGAAUUUUGAAUAGUUUAUUGGUGUUCAGUUUUGUUGCUAUUUGGCAUGAUAUUGAAUUAAAAUUAUUAAUGUGGGGUUGGUUAGUUGUAUUGUUUUUGAUUCCUGAAAUUUCAGUAACAAUGAUAUUUAAGAAAUAUCGUAAUCAAUGGUGGUAUAGACAUUUAUGUGGUGUUGGUGCAGUCAUUAAUAUUUGGAUGAUGAUGAUUGCUAAUUUAGUUGGGUUUUGUUUAGGUACUGAUGGAAUGUGGAAAUUAUUACAUGAUUUAUUUAAAACUUUUGAUGGAGUAAGGUUUCUUAUAAUAUCAUCAGGUGCAUUAUUUGUUGGUGCUCAAAUCAUGUUUGAAAUUAGAGAAUCAGAAAUGAGAAAAGGCAUUAAUGUAAGAUGUUGA